UGGCUUGUUUUAGAACCUAGAAUUUCAUCAUCAGCUGUUUAGUUGUGUUGCAGUGCAGCAAAAUGUCGAUUUAUUAUAGUGGAACGUACAAAAGAUCAGCAGGAAUUAUUUCUGCGAUUGCCAAACAAAUGAAGUCGAUUAACUUGAAGCCUGUGAAGAAGAUUCAGGUUUCUUUUGAUCCGUUUCAUGCAAAUGCCGUGACUGCAAGAGACUUUCUCUACUUUAUCAACGCGCCUCGUAUCAUCAACACCAAUCUGAACUGCGUGAUCAAGCCGAAUGUGGUCUGCGACCGUUCCGAGCCAGAGAUUAAGAUACAUUUAACCGACUCAAGCCUGGUGACAUUCAAAGCAAAUAAUUUAAACGUGCUGGAGAUAUUCCAGGCUUUCAACAAGCAUAUUAGUAGCCAAGUGAAGCAGGAAGAAGUAAGCACGUCUUCACAGACUGCGAAAUUGGAGAAGAAGAAGUUGAAGAAGCGAUAAAAGUCAUGGGGAUGAAAACGACGAAUAACAAGAACUACCAGUUGAAGCUGAUUGAAACAAUCUACAAUCAGAUACCAGCAUUCACUGAUGUUUUCACAGAGGAGACAUUUUACAUGACUGUUAUUUGUUUUGUAUUGACCACCAUUGUUUUGGUGUUCUUUAUAUCUAGAUUUGUUACCAUUAAAGCCGUAGAUUAAUUCA